GGACGCCCAGGGGGCUCGUACGUCACUGCGCUGUGCCGGAAGACUAUUUUCGUGGUCCCGUCCCUCAACAGCUUUCUACCUCUUCCCCGCCGCCCAAAGAUCCCGGGAUAUGAGCCGGAAGAGGCAUCGCCUGGUCCCGGAGAACUUUGGGUUGAAGAGGCGGCGGGAACUAGGGGAUGUAGAGGCAGAUCCUUUGCGGGGCGAGUCAGGAUCUGCGCGAGCGGCAGUCGCAGAGAUAGUGCGGCUGUUCCCGCGAGUCCUGUUUGAGGAUGCGCUACCCCCCAUCGCGCUGAGGAGCCAGGUGUACAGCCUCGUCCCGGACCGAACCGUGGCCGACCGGCAGCUGAAGGCACUGCAAGAACAGGGGGAGAUCAGGAUUGUCCAGCUAGGCUUCGACUUGGACGCCCAAGGAAUCAUGUUCACCGAGGACUACAGGACCAGAGUCCUCAAGGCUUGUGAUGGCCGCCCACAUGCUGCCGCAGUACAGAAGUUUCUGGCUUCCGUGCUUCCAGCUUGUGGUGACCUUAGCUUCCAGCAAGACCAAAUGACACAGACCUUUGGCUUCAGGGACCCAGAGAUCACGCAGCUGGUCAAAGCCGGGGUUCUCACUGUCCGAGAUGCUGGAAGUUGGUGGCUAGCCGUGCCUGGAGCUGGGAGGUUCAUCAAAUAUUUUGUUAAAGGGCGCCAGGCUGUCCUCAGCAUGGUCCGGAAGGCCAAGUACCGGGAACUACUCCUUUCAGAGCUCCUGGGCCGGCGGGCACCUGCCUCGGUGCGACUUGGCCUCGCCUACCACGUGCACGACCUCAUUGGGGCCCAGCUGGUGGACUGUGUCUCCACCACUUCUGGAACCCUCCUCCGCCUGCCAGAGACCUGAAGACUCUGCUCGUCAUUGUACACCUCCCCAGGGUGGGGAUUGAGGGGCCCAGGAGGGCUGCCCACCCUGGAUGAGGCAGGGUCACCUUGGGAAGGCUUGGGAGCCAGGAUGAGUGCUGGGCUUGCUGCUGUGCUGCGGGUCAGAUGUGACUGCCACUGUUUACCUGGGCUGUGUCCCAGUGGAGGGGUUUGGGCAGUGCUUCUCUGCCCUUUCACGGAAGAGGAGCCAGAAACCUUGCCAAGGCCAUGGCUGCUGUCUUUCAUGCUGCAAGGUUCUGCCACUGUUCUGUCUGGGGUAGGAAGGAGGGGUCACUGGGUAAACUGUCAAAGUUGGACAGUUUUUCUUCCUACAUGUUGGGUUGAAACUGCCAAAUAAAGUACUUCUGAUGUUUUGUGGA